GGUGUGCGGGCUCCACUGCGGGGUGUCCGUGUGCGGGGCUGAGCGUGUCCGUGGCAGCCGCAUUGAGCCCGUGUGAGGGAGCAGCCCCAGCCCGAGCGUGCGGGUGCGCGCCGCGCGUCCACGCGUGUGUACCGCCCAAGGAGCCUGCUGAGCACGGCCACAGUGCUGCUGCCUGGCUCUGCCCAGCCCGCAGCCAGCGCAUGGACCACCACCGGCCCCCAGCUCGCGAAUGACAGCAGAGGAGUCACUGCGGAGAGCAGCAUCCGGACUGUCUUCAUGAGGGACAGCUCUGGAGGGACACAAGGUGCACAGGAUGCUGAACCUGGCCUAGACCCCAAGCCCAGCAAGCUGUGAGAGGUGCAGGGGAGUCUGCAGGAGAGCAGGGCCAGCUCCUGCAAGGGCUCUGCCACACCAACCCUGAGCAAUGGUCUGGGAAACACUGGGACCAUGAAGGGCUUAGGAGAUAACAGAAGCCGCCACCUUUCUGAUAACCUGGACUCCCCUCAAGACUCUCUUUAUGCCCCCCAGGACAGGAACCCCUAUCUCCUCAGCCCCACCGACUCCUUCACCAUGGACCCCCGAUUCCCAGCCCAAAACACCCUCCACGGCGACUGUCUCCUUCCACUCAACAACCAGAUCUCCAACAGCAGCACAUUCCCGCGCAUCCAUUACAACUCCCACUUCGAGGUCCCGGAUGACAACCCUUUUCCAAGCCAUGCCCAAGCCACUAAAAUCAACCGCUUGCCUGCGAACCUCCUGGACCAGUUUGAGAAGCAGCUGCCCAUCCACAGAGACGGCUUCAGCACCCUCCAGUUUCAGAGGAGCGAUGCAAAGCACCGCAGCGAGAGCCCUGGGCGCAUCCGGCACCUCGUCCACUCGGUCCAGAAGCUCUUUGCCAAGUCCCAGUCUCUGGAGGGCCCCACCAAAGGCAACGUGAAUGGCAAGAAGGGGACGGAUGACGCCAAGCAAAACCGGAGGAGCAAGAGCAAAGACCGGGCGAAGACCUCCGAGCCCAAGCGCAGGACCAGAUCCAACAUAUCAGGCUGGUGGAGCUCAGAUGACAACUUAGACAACGAUACCUGCAGCUACCGCAACCCAAUGGGCCUCAUGACGCUGGGCAGGCAGCCGGACCACAGCCAGCCCAAGUACUUCAUGCACGCUUACAACACCAUCAGCGAGCACAUGUUGAAAUCCUCCAAGAGCAAUAACGACCUCAAGGUCACCCCAUGCACCAAUAUCCCCAUCAACAAUGACUCCAACUACAUUAAGAGGGGCUCCUGGUCCACGCUGACGCUCAGCCAUGCCCGGGAAAUGUGCCAGAAGGCCUCGGCCACGAUCGACAAAGCCUUGCUGAAAUCCAAGUCCUGCCAUCAAGACUUGGCCUAUCACUACCUGCAGCCUGACGGAGGGCUGUGGGCGCAGCUGGGUGGCGUGAGCCCGGCCAGCAGCUGGGCAGCCCAACCGCUGGGCUGGGAGGACACGGGGGCCACCCCGCCGCAGCCGAGCGAGCCCCCGCGGAGCUGGGACCAGCCCCUCAGCCCUGGGCAGACCGACGCGGGCAGCGGCCAGGUGCCUCAGGGGGAGUGGAACAACACGCUGUCUCGGGACAAAGACAGCGAGAUCCCGUGCCGGCGCAUGCGGAGCGGGAGCUACAUCAAAGCCAUGGGGGAUGAUGAUAGUGAAGACUCAGAAACCAGCCCCAAACCAUCCCCGAAAACUGCAGCUCGGAGGCAGAGUUACCUCAAGGCCACCCAACAGUCCCUGAGUGAGCAGAGCACCACACAAAGGAGCCUGGACCGCCUGGACUCUGUCGAGAUCCUCCUACCUCCGAAGUUCCCAACCUGGGAGGAAGAAUACAACCAGAUCUCUGACAGCAUCAACGAGUCCAGUUGCAUCAACCAGAUCUUUGGACCCCCCUCACUUAUCCCUCAGAUAUUUACCCAUGGAGAGCAGGCACCGGAGCCGGAGCUGGGGGAGCAGUACGAGGCAGUCUGCGACUCUACCUACAGCGAGGCCGAGUCGGCCGCCGCGGAGGUGCUGGACCUGCCUCUGCCCAGUUACUUCCGCUCCCGGAGCCACAGCUACCUCCGAGCCAUCCAGGCGGGCUGCUCCCAGGAAGAGGACACGGGCUCCGUCCGCUCCAUCUCCCCCCCGCCGACGGGCAGCCUCAGCGGCAGCAGGACCCUGCCCAACAACAGCAGUUCAUCAUGCCUAGUGGCAUAUAAAAAGACUCCACCUCCUGUCCCACCGCGGACCACAUCAAAGCCGUUCAUCUCUGUCACUGUGCAGAGCAGCACUGAAUCGGCGCAGGACACCUACCUGGACAGCCAGGACCACAAGAGCGAGGUGACCAGCCAGUCAGGACUCAGCAAUUCCUCAGACAGCUUGGACAGCACCAGGACACCCAGUGUGACGAGGGGGAGCGUUGUGACUCCAGCCAGAGACACUCCCGAGUUACCUCAGAAAAAUGCAACUUUGAAAAGUGACAAAGGGACUCUGACCAGCGAAGAGCCUAAAGUGGAGAAUAUCCCCAAAAGAAAGCUGUCGUCUAUAGGAAUACAAGUUGACUGCCUUCAGCCAGUGGCAAAAGAGGAGCCUCCUCCACCAGCCACCAAAUUCCAGUCCAUCGGGGUACAGGUAGAGGACGAGUGGCGAAACAGCCACUCUCGCAGCAUGUCCACCAAACAGGACACAGACUCUGACACACAGGAACCUAAUAACUCUAGCUGUAAAUCAUCUGAGAGAAGCCUCGCUGAGUGCCCCCAACACAACAACUCCGUUGGUGGUGAUGCCACUACCAGGCAACCAGCCAAGCCCUCACAGAUUAAGAGAAACCUCUCCUAUGGAGAAAACAAUGACCCAGCCCUGGAGCCUUCCUCUCUCCCUCCUCCUGACCCCUGGCUCGAGACGUCCUCCACCUCACCAUCAGAACCCACACAGCCAGGAGCCUGCCGGCGGGAUGGGUACUGGUUUCUGAAGCUGCUGCAGGCGGAAACAGAGCGGUUAGAAGGCUGGUGCCGCCAGAUGGACCAGGAGACCAAAGAGAACAAUCUCUCUGAAGAAGUCUUAGGAAAAGUCCUGAGUGCAGUGGGCAGUGCACAGUUACUAAUGUCACAGAAAUUCCAGCAAUUCCAUGGUCUCUGUGAACAAAACUUGAACCCUAAUGCCAAUCCCAGACCCACAGCCCAGGACCUAGCUGGGUUUUGGGAUCUCCUCCAGUUGUCCAUUGAAGACAUCAGCAUGAAGUUUGAUGAGCUGUACCACCUGAAAGCAAAUAGCUGGCAAUUGGCAGAGACACCGGAGAGAAAGGAGGAGAAGAAACCACCCCCUCCAGUGCCAAAGAAGCCAGCCAAGUCCAAAUCCCAGCUGAACCGGGACAAAGCCUCUGAUUCAGACAAGCAGCGCCAGGAAGCUCGCAAGCGUCUCAUGGCAGCCAAGCGGGCGGCCUCGGUGCGGCAGAACUCGGCCACGGAGAGCGCAGACAGCAUCGAGAUCUACGUCCCCGAGGCCCAGACCCGCCUUUGAGCCCAGGGGCAGAGGAAGGAACCGUGUGGUUUUUAUAAGUCAUUAAAAAGGCAACAAAAAAAAAAAAAACAAAACACAAAAGGUUCUCUUAAACUAGUGUGGUUUCUUGAGUCUGGAGACAAUGAGCCAUGCUCGCAAAGGGCUCCCGAGUUGGCUUUUUUUUUUUUUCCUCUCAGCUUUAAGUAAUGAAGAUUUUAAAAAAAAAAACAAACAAAACAACAAAAAAAAAGAGGAAUUCCCCCUCGUUUUCUCCCUGGCUGUGGUGUUGCUGAAGGGACUGAAGAGACUCCUGGAAACUCCGACCCCUCGACUUGGACCUUCGGUCUUUUUACUUGUUCUAUCUAAUGAGAAUUAUUAGCUUGUUUACAAGAAGAGGACAAGACAACAUGAAGCCUUGAGCACUUGCCAUGCUGUGUUCUUCCUCCUCCUCGGUUCUGUUCUUCCUUCUCAUCCUUUUAGUUUGACCUGCUCCUGCCUCCUUUCUCCCACCCCUUUGCAUGGCUUUGUUUAACCGUGUUAGAAACAACCUCUCUUCCACCGAGCUCCCGAAGAGAACACCCAUUCAGUGUGUACUCCUGUUGCACUCUGCUAGCAAGCAGCCUUUCUUGGGGUGGGGGGGUGCUUUGUUUUCCUUUUGAUGGGGGAUAUCGGGGUGGGGGGAGGAUGGGGUGGGCAGGGGCAGGGUCAUGGGUUUGUAUUCCUCUUGUUUGAUUGAAGUUGAGAGGAUGACAGGGUCUGUGGAAUGUAACUGCAGAGUUGUUGAAAUGCAGCCCAGAAGCAAAUGUGCAAUAAGGUAGCAAAGGGGGGGGGGGGGGGGGGGACAGUGCUUGGCUAGCUGAUUUGGGGAGAGCACUACCCUACUCCAGGCCCAGGAGCUGAAGGAGCACAGAGCAACUCCAGGCACGAUCCACACAUGCUUCACUUUGUUGGGUUUUUUUUUCCUCCUCUUUUAUUUUUUAUGAGAUUAUUUUCAAUGAAUUGCGUGUUGAGAAAGAAGCUGCUACACUGGGGGGUGGGGGGAACCUGUUUCACAGGGGCAGUGUGAUGGUAUAUCAGGGUGGGAGGAGUGGGUUUUGUACAGAGGAAGGCACAGGUAGCUGGUGGUAGGCUGCCUGCCUGUAUGUAUGUGUACAUAUGCACAUAUACACUUAGUAGUACCUGUACAUUGAAUUCAUACACACGUAUACAUGCCCAUACACACAGUGCAGACGGUGUGCUUAAAAGCACCUUGGUGAGAAUGGGCAUAUGUAUAGCAUAUAUUUUUACAUGUACUAUAUCUAGAUGUGUGUAAAAGUGUGUGUAAAAAUAUAUACCCUGUGUGUAAUCAGAUGACUAUUUUUUCCUUAUCUCCCUGCUCUCUGGGUAGAGGAAGGAUUGCUACAUAUUUUUUAGCUCAUUUUUCCCCUUUGUAGGUCUCCUUUUCAGCCUGGCUUCUUGAAGCCACAUCUGCCACCACCAAAUUCUUUGCCACCCCCUCCAAAAAGCAGAGCAUUUGGCCUCAUUCGGAGUGAUCUGGUGCGAUUUGGGUUUGGUUUUUUUCCCUUCACUUGCUCGAAUGAGUUGGGAGAUUGUGUGUUACUUUUAUGGGGGUAGAAUCCCAGAGAUGGAGUCUGAAUCCCAACGAGGGUGUUGGUGAUCCAGAAGGCAAAAAGUAAAGGUAAAUUGUGAAUGAUGGCUGAGUUACAAUUAUAUGCUGUGAACUGUUGUCCAUGCACAGAUGCUCUUAGAGAUUUACUCUCAAAUGUGAAAUUGGGUUUAAUGUAACUCAAAUCCUGCAUUGGUUUUGACGGUUGUGGGUAGAGAUACUGAUGUGUUGGGUUGCACUGUUGUAAAGAUGCUGUUUUCGAGAUCUCUAGCACUGAACCGGGGACACAAAGGAAAAGGGUGGUUGGUUUGUUUGUUCUUAUUUACUCCUCCAGCCGUGUCUGAGGCUGCUGUGGGGGGGAGCUGGCCUGGAAGGCUGGUUUUUCUGGGGCUCAUUUUGUUUCCUGCCACCUUGGAGGAGGAGAACUCACAGCAGCAAGGGCAGCUGGCUGACUUACCAUACAAACCACGAUCAAUAAACAGAUGCAGUCUGACUUUA